AUGUGGAUUGUAGUCCUGCGGAACAGGAGAGUUUCAUUCAGUCUCACGGAUGGUGAUGUAAUUACUGAGAUUAGUUUGGAUACGUUGGAUUAUAAGUCAACAACACACGACACGUUGGAGAAAGACGCAGAGUGUUUAUCCCACACACUGGGCAGGGAAUAACUCCAGACAAUGCUUCAGUGUGCCAGCUGCGAAAAGCCUAUUCUCGAUAGGUUCCUGCUCAAAGUUUUGGACAGACCGUGGCACAUCAAAUGUGUCCAAUGCUGCGAGUGUAAAUGCAGUUUGACAGAGAAGUGCUUUUCACGGGAAGGGAGACUGUACUGUAAGAAUGACUUCUUUAGGACAUUUGGGACCAAGUGUGGCGGUUGCGCUCAGGGGAUUUUACCCAGUGAUCUUGUCCGCAGAGCCAAGAGUCAAGUGUUUCACCUGAACUGUUUCACCUGUGUGAUGUGUAACAAACAGCUGUCCACGGGAGAGGAGCUGUACAUCCUGGACGAAUUCAAGUUUGUUUGUAAAGAGGACUAUCAUAACAACAACGGGAAAGACACAAUCCUCCUUUCGGUCACGACGUGCAGCGAGUCACCAAGUCUGUCUCCGGACUCCCAGGACCCGCAGGACGACGGGAAGGACUCGGAAACGGGACAUUUAUCUGACAAAGACGUGUGCAACAACGAGAACGACGAGCAGAGUGCCGUCGGGAAACGACGCGGGCCUCGGACCACGAUAAAAGCCAAGCAGCUGGAGACCCUGAAAGCGGCUUUCGCGGCCACGCCGAAACCCACCAGGCACAUCAGGGAGCAGCUGUCGCGGGAGACCGGCCUCAGCAUGAGAGUCAUCCAGGUUUGGUUUCAAAAUCGGAGGUCUAAAGAGAGACGCAUGAAGCAGCUGAGCGCUCUGAGCUCACGGAGACACGUGUUUUUCCGCAGCCCGAGGAGGAUGAGGGCGCUGGGAGAGAGACUGGAACCAGGAGAGCUUGGACACUUUUCUUAUUAUGGAGAUUAUCCUGGUGAAUACUAUGGCUCAGGAGGGAAUUAUGUGUACUUCCAAGGCCCGCCAUCGUCCCAGGCACAGACUCCAGCAGACUUGGGCUUUGUGCCCUCCUCUGUCCCCACUGGCACCCCAUUAGGAGCCAUAGACCACCACCAUCCGGGACACCACUGUCCAGGAGAGGCGCAGUGCUUCUCUGACACAGUCUCUCACCAUCCUGCGGACUCACCCAGUCCAGAGCCCAAUGGACCGGGCUCAAUGCACAGCAUCUCCAGUGAGAUGUGCGGCCCCAGCACGCCCUACACCACUCUGUCUCUCAGUGACAAUGGAUACACCAACCAGCUGUCACAGCCGUCCUCAGAAAUGAGUGAAGGCACUGUCUGGUAA